AUGCUCACACUUUUCCACAUGUUUUUGAUGGCAGCAACAGGUCGCUACAAUCAAUCAAUUAAUUUUCCAUCUGAAUGUUGCAACCUCCCAAACAGACAGCAGUGUUGCACUSUAACUGAGGUGACCAACGAGAUCUACCCUGUGUGGACCUACUCCUACCUGGCUGUGAUGGUGCCAGUCUUCCUGCUCACCGAUUGGCUGCGCUACAAGCCCGUCYUGGUGUUUCAGUGCAUCAACCUCUUCAUAACCUGGGCYAUGAUGCUAUUGGUGCAGGUGGUGGCAGCCUUUAAGGCGAUGCAGUUCUUCUAUGGCGUGAAGUCGGCCUGUGAGGUGGCCUACUUCUCAUACAUCUACAGCAUAGUGGACAUGAAACACUACAGCAAGGCUACAUCCUACUGCCGUAGUGUACAGCUGCUAGGCUACAAGAGUCAAAGUGAACCACCACAGACCCCAGAAGGAGGGGACAGGUGUGCAGGUGAUGUGUCCACUGAGGGGCCAGUGAGGGCUAGGAGCUGCAGCCAAGUUUUCCUGCUGCUGUUGGAAAGACUUUCUCCAGUGCUACUCCACCAGGGCACUGCUGUACUGGUCAGUGUGGUGGGUACUAGCUACCUGUGGCUACAAUGAGGCAAUCAACUAUGUACAGGUGUUGUGGGAGCACAUACAGCCAUCCCAGAAAGUCACAAUCUACAACGGAGGGGUGGAAGCUGUGUCCUACCGGUUUGGUGAGUAUUGAAGCACCAACUGUUGGAGUACACAUGACAAUUGGGUAUUUGUAGAUGUUUGUCUGGKAUUAAUAAACCAWUAUCAUCAACAGUCAAUCUGCAGUCAUACUACUAAUAUGUACUUAAAGUGGACUGGMCCCAGUGGGGAGAGUUGUUCCUGGGCUCUUUCUCUGGCCUGGGGGCCUUAUCAUAUUUGCCAUGUGAGUUUGUGAGUUACUGCCAUUAGAAAAAUGUAGGUGCCAAKCUWGAAUGAUCAUUAAGCAAGAACAAACGUGACCAUUUCCUCCCAUGUUCCAAAUUGCUACUGACCUCUCUACGGAGAGAUAAGCACUGAUCUUUGGAGCAAACAAUCUUUGGGUCUUUGGUACUUCAGACUAUCAUCACAUCCAUUGUGGUGGAUGGCAUGGGGCUCAGCCUGGGCAUCAUCCCACAGUUCACCAUUUAUGGAAGCUACUUCUCAGCCAUCGCUGUCAUUUUCUUUCUGAGGGGUGUGU